CCUGCAAGAGAGUGAAAAGUAAAUGCGUGCAAUGGCCGAAUUCACUUCACGCUCCAGUACGUUUUGGCUGUUGCUGAUGAUUGCAGUCGCACUAUCUGCUGCAGCCCGCGCCCUCGAGUUCAUGGUUGAGCCAACAGACCAAACGGUGGCUCCCAAUUCGCUCGCUCGUUUCGAAUGCGUCGUUAGCGGCAAUAACUUCUUCAUCCAGUGGGUGCUGGACAAUGAGUCGUAUACAAAGAUGCGUCCUCCUCCGGAGGAGUACUACAGUGCAACAUGGUCUACCAACAACAGUGGAGCAGUACUUGAGGUGAAAGCACAGCACAAAAUAAAUGGAACCUCCAUCAUGUGCAGAGCAGUCCAGGCAGAUCAUUAUAAAGGAAGUAAAAUUGCUCAUCUGAACCUUGCAGGACCUCCACUGAGACCUGGUAACCUGAAAGUGACCUAUGACAAACUCAGAAAUUCCGUAGAGUUGAAGUGGAGCGAACCAUUCACCCACCUCCCUCAGUUCCCCAUCUUUGGCUACAGGGCCCACAUGGAGCUCUUCAAAAUGGAGGACCAAAGCAUCUUCAAGAGAAGAACAGUGGACAUUAAUGAUACAGUGUCAGCCUAUUCGGUUGCACUGGACGAGAGUGAGAUAUGCAGCAGUAGUAGAGUCUGCAUAAGCCUCAAAGCUAUAAACCAAAUCGGAUACGGUGAAGAAACAACAACUGCUUGCACUAACAUUGAAAGAGUGCACAGCCCGCUCCCCGUGAACACCACUCUGUCUCUGCACAGCGACGGCCGGACGCUUGUGUCUGUGAUCUUUCAGGUUCCUCCGUGCUUCCCUCAAGCCAUACAGUCAACAGUCUUUGUGGAAGAAGCCACCCUACCACAGGAUUCUGAGCUCACUCCGGAGGCUGUGCUGCCAGAGGAAGGUUCCCACCUAAUGGAGAGCUAUGCGCUCACAACCUUGAAGCAGGAUGUGGUCUAUGCCGUUGUAGUGCAACUCAAAAGCCAUAUGGAGAACACAACGUCUCAGCCAGUGUAUGUUACUCUACCGGCUGAGGCAACCAGCUCCGAUGAUGGGGGUAAGUUCCUUCAAUCAUGGCAUUACAGUAUUGAGUAUGCAUAUUUUAGUGGGAAUCAUAGUUUAUGGCUGCACAAGGGCUGAUUUUGAGGGCUUAAAGACAGCAUGGCAGAGUUUCUCAAGCAUGGCUUAAUUGUGGGUCAAGACCCACCCUGGGACCCACUCUCCCCUAUAAUUCAGAGAAUUCAGAGUAAUUACUGAAUUUGAUAAUCGCCAGCGAUCAAUGACCACAACCUCUCAGACAGACUACGAAAUUAGUCGUCAACAAAGCCCUACCAUAGAGCAUUAAAACACGUAACAAAUGUGGAGCAGGGUGGCCCACGUGACCUCUGGUGAUAAUUAUCGAUUUCCCUGCAGGGGGAGGGAGUGUUGCAGGUAUAGUAGUGGCUGUUCUGCUGUCAGUGCUGGUGGUAGCUGCACUCGUCAUCGCCAUCGCCAUUUUCGUCAUCAUGCACGGGAAGAGGAAAGAUACAACAGUGGUGAACCAAAUGCGCCCAAACCCAUUCUAUGAGAACACAUACUACGACUCCAUCCCAGACCCAAACUCUCCGUACUCAUUCCGUCCGCCAUCCUAUGACUCCCACAUCUACCAGGACAUGCCGGAGCUAGUCUGUAGACUCCAGGCCAAUGGGAACCUCCCCACCCCCUCUCCCUCCCAGCCCCUGUCAUCAUGCGUCGUUCCAGAUGGGACAUCAUCACUGGAAGAGAUGAAGCGGGUGCAGACAGUAGUGGCAGAAGCAGUAGGGGAGAGGGAGAGGGAGAGGGAGAGCGAUUACAUCACAAUGCACCCUGUCACUGAGCCAGUUCCAGUUCUUCAGACUGAAGUCUAGAAAUGGACCCACCACAUACACUCAUAGUACAAAUGCUACCAAUCAUCAUCAUUAAUGGCUUGAACAAACUCUUGAUUGGAUUUUAACUUCACUAGAA